UGCUGGCCACAGGGAGGUGGAAGUCGGGAGGUCCUGCUCCCGCUGAGUCCUCCACAGGAGAUGGUUAUGUGUCUCUUAACCCCGGUCAUCUCCUGACUUCUGAACAAUACCAGGGACCUCCAGAGUCUCCUCCCUGAUAGCUCUGCUGUUCUCAUUUCCUGGAGAGCCUCUGUCCAUGGCUUGGCUCCUGCUUCUGCUGCCGGCAGUGUGUCUGCAAGCUGGGAACGCAGCAGGAUCCAACAGAGAAAAUUCCUAUGGGGUGAACCAGCCAGCACGUCUCUCUGGUGUCCAGGGCGGCUCCAUCGAGAUUCCAUUCUCCUUCUACUUCCCCUGGGAGUUGGCAGAAUUUCCUCAGAUGAGUAUAGCCUGGAGAUGGAAGCACUUCCAUGGGGACUUUAUCUACAACUCCACCAUAGGUUUCAUACACAGCCAUUUCAAGAACAGGUUCACCCUGAGCUGGACACAGGGUCAGAAAUAUGGAGUCCUCAGAAUCCUGAACCUUCAGGAGGAUGACGAAGGCAUGUAUUUCUGUAGAGUUCAUCUGCAGUCAACAGAAGGCUUAAAGAUUUUGCAGUCAUAUAAUGGCACCCGACUCAUCAUCAUCCGCGCAGGCAGCACCACCAUGAGGAGCCCCUCCACCCUCCCCUCUGCAGUCACCACAGCUGGAAUCAGGGACACAGAGGGCCAGAGGAACCCUUCACUGGUGAUCCUGAGAGCCAUGCUCGGGAUGGUGGUGGCCAAGGCAGUGCUCAUAACCGCCAUCUCUGUGUUGCUGAUCUUCCUCUGGUGGAAGAAAAGGCAGCAGACUGAAGCCUAAACUCCAGGCAACAGAGCCCUCAUCCCACGGAGCAGCUGAGGGGCUGGUUGGGAGGUUUGUUAGGGAGAGGCCUGCCAGGGGCCAGAGAGAUGGUCCAGUCAGAGAUGCAUUACUCAUGGGGAGAAGGACCGUAUUUAGGCCCUGAGCAUCCACAUUGUAAGCCAGGGAUGGGCAGGAACUUGUAAUCCAGCCCUGGACAAGCAAGAGACAGGCAGAGUCAUGGGGCUGGAUGUCCAGCUACUCUAGACUAAUCGGUGAGUUCCAGGCCAAUGAGAGUCCAGGUAUUUAAAACCAUGAGGAUUCCUCAGAUGAAAAAUCAUAGACAUAACAUUUUUCUAAAUUUAUUUCAAUUAUGAAUUUUAAAAUUAUAAAUAAAUGGACAUAAAAUAUUGUGGGUCAAUGAGAUAGCUCAGGUGGAAGAGGAGCUUUCCACCAGUACGCUGAAAUGGCUGUGAUUCCUGAGGACACAAAAGUUACAAAGUGAACAGUGACUGUUGAAAGAGUGACUCCCUCUCAUGGUCACACACAGGUGCCUGGUGAGAGACAAUGUUGGUGAGUCCUCAGCAAACAGACCUCCAGGUGUCAGGAUCUCUCACCAGGGAGGGGAGCUGACAUCACAGUAGUGACUGGUGGCCUCACACCCUGCAUCCCACCCUUUCCUUGUGUUCUCCCUGAGAAUCAGAGCAUGUGGCUGCAGGAUGGUGCUGGGAAUAUCCCUCCGUGGACAGCUAGAAGAGAACCCCACGUCUGCCAUGUGGGCUCUGAUUUCCUGUCCUGGGAUCCCAGGUCAUCCUGUCUGUAUGUGGCCCUGAGAGCUGGGCUGUGCUGUUCUCUGUCUGUUCCUGGAAUCAAUAACACUUUUAAUAAAUGUCUUUCUCCCAGAAA